GCCUUUGUUUUAUUCCAAUUAUAAGCUCUUCCUUUGUUGAAGUAAUGGCAGAAAGACCUGGCUUAGCUGCUUUUAUGGUGUUGACUGAUACUUUUUUAUUAUUCUUUGCUUGUACACCAUUUUUGUUGCAUUUUUUAACUAAACGUUUUGUUGCCGAUAUAUAUUAUAAUCCGAAAAUUAAGGUGUUUACAACUGUUCAUUAUAAUUUUAUUUUGAGGAAGAAAGCUUUGAGAUUUACAGCGAAUGAAGUGAUAGAUGCUGCAACUGAAGUGGAGAAGAAUAAAUUUUCUUUUCAAUUUGCUACGUGUUCAGUUCGAUCUUACCCAAUAUUACUUCUUUUAGACGUGGAUUUCUAUACCGAUCAAGAAGUUUUUAAAUUGUUGACGAAAAAUUUUAAGUCGGAUUUAAUAAAAUAA